AUGCCUUCUCGACGGUCGCAUACCAAAUCCCACCACGGGUGUCGGCAGUGCAAGGCAAGGAGAGUCAAGUGCGACGAGUCGAGUCCGCAAUGCCAGCGUUGUUUGAAGCGACAAAUCCCCUGUUCGUUCCUCGAGAAUGGCUCGGAAGGGUUCGCGACACCCCCAGGAAACACUUCCGUCCAUGACACCUCGACUCCCAAGAGCUAUGACCAUCAGCAUUCGGACCCCGAGAAGGGACGCAAUGCGCCACUGUCAACUCCAAAGGCCUCCUCGUCGCCGCUGGCAACAGAGGGAGAACCGGUCGAUGUUGACAAGCGGUUUGAUCUCCUGGACUUGGAACUCAUCCAGCAUUACUCUACUCGGACCUACAUGACCAUGUCCUCGAGGCUUGCCACCCACGCUGUCUGGCGCGACACGGUCUUUGCAGAGGCCUUGCGCCAUGACUAUCUCUUACAUGGCUUGAUGGCCACCUCGGCCCUGCACAAAGCAACGCUACUCCUCAAGUCAUCGGAUGCGUAUGCUGAAUACUCCAAAGUGGCACUGGCUCACCAGAAUGCCGCCUUGGCUGGAUUCAUUCCGGCGGUCAGCAAACCCAAUCAAGACAAUGGGAUUGCCCUGUUCUCGGUGUCGCUUCUUCUCACUAUCUGGGCUUUUGCAUCCAAAAAACUGCCAGAGGGUCUGAACAGUGUGAAGCUUGACUUCGGCACUGGCGAUUCCUCCCCAGGCAUCACCCUGCCACUUAAUUCACCAACAGCCGACUUCAUCGAAAUCAUCAUGAUCCUCAGGGGAAUUUAUGCUGUGAUUAGAGAGACCGAUACGUGGCUCCAAGGUGAGAUUGAGGAGCUGCUGCGAUAUCCCCGUUCAGAAGAUCUGCCACCGCAUCCACAAGAGGUCGAGGAAGCCUUUGCCACGCUCCGUACAUCCCUGGAUGACCCUCAACUGUCGUCGCUAUGGGAGGGGGAAGACCCUCAGCGAAUGAGGAAUCUCUUCCUGGAUCAAAUGGAACAGUUGCGCGACAUCUCAAGAUGUCGUUCAGUUGUCGAGUGGGAUGGCCACAUUUUCUCCUGGCUGAUCAUGGCGCCGCUGCCCUUCAUCCAUUGUCUUAAGCAGAGCAACCCCAUGGCCUUGGCGGUCUUCGCUCACUGGGCUGCCAUGUUCCGCUGCAUGGAUCAUCACUGGUGGGCAAAUGGUUGGGGUUACAGCCUGGUUGUGGACGUGUCUAGCCUGCUGGAUCCCGGGUGGGCGAGAUACUUGGACUGGCCUAGAAGGCAAGUCGGUCUCGUGUUUCAAGGCGGCGGGGCUUUCGAUGCUCGGCGGAUGACUUAA